CCCAUGACUGAGGCGUGAGUUUUCCAAAUGGGAGGCAAAUCAAGGAGAUUCUCAUGUUUUAUUUGACUAUUCUUUAAUUAGAAUGUUGUGCUUAUAACAAGCCUCAUACAUCAAGCAUAAUUUUUUUAACAUUUUAUUUCAUAAUUAUUAAUAUGGCAGACGGCAACAGCGCAAAUGUUUAAUCAUGUCUUCUUUAGUUGAAGCAAUAGCGAGACAAGCACAGUCUACGUUUUCCAAAACUUUAACCGAUGAAAGUUUCUCUGAAAAGUUUUCGAAACUUAUUCGAUAUGUAAGUAGAGUGCGAGCAUCGGACUUAAGGAUAAGUCGAGAUGUUAUGCGAACUGUCAAUAGAGAUAAUACAAAUCCUGUGGCACCAGUUACUUAUAUUGAAGUCACUGAGAAUAAUACUUUUUCUAUGGGUAUAUUUAUGCUUAGAAACGGGACUAAAAUACCAUUACACGAUCACCCGGGUAUGCAUGGUGUAUUGAAAGUAGUCUUAGGUACCGUUAAAAUUACCUCGUAUAGUCCUGUGUCAAAGGUUCCUGUCGAUAGUAAAUUACCUCAAGAUAUCGAAAAUGAAAUUCCUCCUUCAGAGAGGAAAUCGCUGAUUCCCGUGGAAAAAAGUAUGUCAGCAAAUGUCUCUGAUAAAGAUGAACCUUGCGUAUUACGACCGAGAGAAGGUAAUUACCAUGAAAUUUGUGCAGUCGGUGGUGUUGCUGCGUUUCUGGAUAUACUAGCACCUCCUUAUGAAGCUACUAACAGAGACUGCCACUAUUACACUGCAUUUGAAACCAGCAGUACUGAUUCUGAAGUGAAAGUCUGGUUGAAGAGAAGGGGUGCUCCGAGUGACUUUUGGUGCGAAGCAGCUCCAUAUAAUGGACCUAGAGUGUAUUUAUAAACGAAUGUACUUUUAAAAAAGUAAGCAGCACUAAUUUCAUUGUAAGUUCUAGAGGUUAUCUGUGAAAUAUCUGUAUUUUUGAGUGUAAAAAAAAAAAAAACUUAAUUACAAGUGUUUCUAUUAUGACUUGAGAUACCUGAGUAUGUAAAUUUAGUUGUGCCUGGAACUUGUAUAAAACAAUUACUGUUAACUUUGUAUUUUGUUGAUUGCUGAAAUUAUGUUGCAAGUUAUAUUUAUUUGAAUACACUAAUGUGGAGGGCAAUAUUUGUGACCUAAAUUAAAUACGAUUUGAAUUUUACUCCUCUAA